ACAUGAGCCGCUCGCCCUCGGGGUGCGGGGCUUGGAGGGGCCUGCGCCGUGGGCUUCCGCCUCUCCACGCCUGACAGCCCGCGGCGCGCCCGAGGGGAGCCGCCCGUAGACCACGGUGGAACCAUCAUCCGGAUGCCCAGAUGUUUCAUGGAACAAUCACAAAAGAGCUUACCAGCCAUGAAGAAUGGAAUCACUACAAUGAAAAUAUUAUAGAAAACAAGAAGGACUUUGUGUUUGUGAAGUACAAUGGCCUCCACCUGAAGUCCAUGGAGAACCUGCAGUCAUGCAUCUCUCUGAAAGUGUGUAUCUUCUCCAACAACUUCAUCACUGACAUACAGCCCCUGCAGUGCUGUAUAAAGCUAAUCAAACUUGAUCUCCAUGGAAACCAGAUAAAAAUUCUUCCAGACAGAAAUUUUUGGAUUGGACUCAAGAACCUAAAACUCCUCUAUCUCCAUGACAAUAGUUUUUGCAAGCUGAAGAACAUCUGUGUAUUAGCUGCAUGUGCAAGCCUUAUUGGACUGACCAUGUUUGACUGCCCUGUGAGUCUUAAAAAAGGCUACAGGCAUGUUCUUGUAAACAGUAUCUGGCCUCUCAAAGCCCUGGACCACCAUGUUAUAUCUGAUGAAGAAAUCAUUCAGAACUGGCAUCUUCCGGAGAGAUUUAAAGCAUUCAAUCCCAGGCUAUUCUUUAAAUUUUGCCCAGCAUUGAUAAAGGGUUCAACCUAUGAGGAUGAAAUUAAUAAUAUCAAACAUGUGAUUUCAAGGAUUAAUGAGAUUUUGGCUCAUAAUUCACCAGUGUUGAUUAUUCAGAGGUGGAUACGUGGUUUCAUAGUUAGGAAACGGUUGAGUCCCUAUUUUACACAUAAAAGGCAUCAUGAGAAAAUGAUUAGGGUACUUGAAACAAAAUGGAUCUGCAUAGGUAGAAGAAGUGAAGACAAAAUAUUGGAUGAUAUCUUCCUUUUCAAGCCUAAUAUAAACGGGAAGGUUGCACAUUGGAAACAAAUGAGAUGCACUCCUGCUGACUUUAAACAUUCUGCUGACUACAGAAAACACAUUUCCUGUCUUUCAUACGAAUUAAAAUCAAAAGAUAUUGACAGAAAACCACAAACACCAAGCCAUCCCAUUCAGAAAGGUCAGAAGGAGUCUAAAGCUGACUCUGAGGAUGAAGAAAUGGACAUUAGUUUUAGGGUAUCUACCUUGAAGAUUCCUUUAUAUUCCUCUCCAUCGCUCAAGUAUGGUUCAGUGUUGAAGGAGAUGAAACCGGACUACUUCUCAGACUAUCUGCAGCCAAUUCCUGGCACUCAUCCGAAGCCACCAAUUAAAAGAGAGACACUAGAGGAGCUGAAGAAAAGGAAAGAGUUUUUAGCCUCACAGAGGGCAGGUAUGAAGCUCUUCAUGUUUAAUGACCUCGAUAAAUAUCACUCAGACCGAAAGCACCAAGAGAAGCAAGCAGAAAAAUCAGCAGUCGUAGUCUUGGCACAGGCUGCCCGGUCUAGGGCUAGGUACAGCAUUCGAGAGUCUUUAAGGAAGAAGACCAUUUUGGCACAGAAACUGAUGGAAAGGGAUAACGAGGCAAUCCAGAAAGGCUUACGGCAAAUUUGGAAGGAAAAGCUUGCCUACCUUGAAAAAGUUAGAGAGCGGAAAACCAUGUUUCUAGCUGAAAAAAAGCUGAACGCACUUGACCAUUCUUUAGUGCAGAACACCAACAACGAGCGGACCCUUCUACUCAAAGGAAUCUUCCAAGUGGACAAGAUGAAGAAAGAGAUGGAGGAGUUAAGACAGAAGCACCUGAUCGUUGUCGAACAAUGGAGAACAGAAAAGUUCAAGCAAAGUAUGCUGAGGCACAUGAAGGAGAUGAGGGCUGAAGAAAUUCGGAAAAGACACUCUGAAGAGAAGUUUGUUAUUGAUACACUCAUCUUUCAAAAGGCCUUGGCAAGACUAGAGGAGGCUAAAGCAAAGGCUGACUAUAUUAGGACAAAUUACACAUCUAAGUCUUAUAAAAGAGCCUAAGAAUGAACUAGUACCAGUUCACAGAUGACGAAAACUGUAAAUUGUGACCCUAUUUUUAUUGAAAGGAUCUUGAAAUAAUACAUGGAAGAUACGCUCUACCCAAGUGUGUCUGGGCAUGAAUGUGUUCAGGUUGAAAGAGAAGAGAGUUGAGUUUUUCAUACAGAUUAUAUUACACAACUGGCUGACUUUGCACUUGUUAUAUACCUGUCAGUUCAAAAAUAAGUCAAAGCUGUGUGACUUCUUCAAAAAGUCUUUAAAAGCCUGUAGAGUUACAUAGGCUCUGAGGAUGACAAGUUAUGAAACUAUUUUCAAAUUUUCUGCUACUUUCCUUCUUUAUUGCUGAAUUUUUUAAAGAUAUCAUAUUCAGUAAAAUUUUUAAUUACCCAAUUUCAUAUGUUGAAUUAUAAUAUAUUUCCUGAUUAUGCUAUUAAAACAAUUUCUGAAUUUUGUUUCCUUCUUUGUCAAAA